UAUCCACUCGUGUUUGUGAAUUGGGUUUUCGUAUGAAAGUCGGGGAGUCGUUGAGCGGACUUCAGUUGAGUAGUGGUCGGUCGAAUGCACGGAAAGUAUGGGCAUGGAAAAGAUCGCGUUUGGUUAAGAUACAAUAUUAUCCUGUGCUUUUCAACGAGAAAAUCGGUUUUCCAACAGCGCCGCUGAAUAUUUUAUACUUGUGUAAAACCGGCUAUUCCGCGGGCAGGUAGACGAGUAUUCCAAUCUGUUCGAUCUUUUGGAAGUUGGGUGACACACCUCCGACGAACUUUUAUUCAUGUGUUUUUCUUACGGAAAAUACGGACGAAAUCAAGGCUGCAUGACAAAUACCCGUGGACUUUAUUUCUGACAGAGUUGUAUGCACGAAUUGUGAAUCAGUGUUACACGUAUCGUGAUAAGCAUCGCUUGUAAAAUAUCAUCGAGUGUUUUCACCGAUAGUGUGAAAUAAAAUGGUACAACAGUAGUGUUUUUUUCCCCCCUUGAAAUUAUGCGUUGCUACCUCGUGGUGGGAAAUUGUGUUUGAAGAAGUAAACGUCAUUAGUUUUCAGCUGGCCUUCCCCCCGUGAUUAUUCUUUGGAUAUCGAAUUUUGAGUUGCGAUUAGGAAAAUUCUUAAUUUUGUUCGACGACGCGGAGCUCACACGGUUUAUCCAUAACGACCGCUACUGGCUGUUCUCUUGCCUCCGAGAAUUCUUUGGAGUUUUGGCUUUCCUGGAAGGCGAUGCUUUUUAUCUUCUCAUCAACGAUCUGAUUAGAGCUUUCGAAACUUAGAAAAAAAGCAACGCAAAUGCCGAAAUCGGCACACAAGUGGACAUUUUGGAGAAAGUGCAAGAGGUCGGCUGGCGAAGAGAACGAGGAGAAUAAAAAGGGAAAGCGGAAACGAGCAGCGGAAACGGAGAUCGACGUGUCGACGAAGGAGAAGGAGGAAGCCCCGGUCCUGGAAGUGAAACGAAAAAUCAUGGAACAUACGCUCACAAGAUGCGAGAACCGGUUGCCAAAAGUCACACCGAUCAUGGACGACUAUGAGAUCAGUAAUCAUGUACUCGGUCUCGGGAUCAACGGAAAAGUUGUUCAGUGUUAUGACAAAAAGACGAGGGAAAAGUAUGCGCUCAAGGUAUUAUAUGAUUGUGUAAAGGCUAGGAGAGAAGUUGAGUUGCAUUGGAGAGCAUCGAAUUGCAGACACAUAGUCCAAGUUAAGGAUGUAUACGAAAAUUCGUACAGUGGAAAUAAAUGUUUAUUAGUUGUUAUGGAAUGCAUGGAAGGGGGAGAAUUAUUUGAGAGAAUACAAGACAGACAAGAUGGUGCUUUCACCGAAAGGGAAGCUGCACAGAUAAUGUAUGAAAUUUGUGAUGCUGUAAAGCAUCUACACGAUAUGAACAUAGCACACAGGGAUCUCAAACCAGAAAAUCUUCUCUAUUCCAGACCUGAUAGUACUGGAAUAUUGAAGCUCACGGACUUUGGUUUUGCAAAAGAAACGCAUUUGAAAGAUACGUUGCAAACACCAUGUUAUACACCAUACUAUGUAGCACCUGAAGUUUUGGGACCAGAAAAGUAUGAUAAAAGCUGUGAUAUAUGGUCACUUGGAGUUAUAAUGUAUAUAUUAUUGUGCGGUUUUCCACCUUUUUAUAGCAACCAUGGUUUAGCAAUUUCACCGGGCAUGAAAAAAAGAAUUCGUCUAGGUCAAUAUGAUUUUCCAGCUCCCGAAUGGUCGAAUGUAAGCACAGAUGCGCAAGAUCUUAUUAAGGGUAUGUUGUGUACAGACCCGGCUAGAAGACUGCAAAUCGACGAAGUUAUGCGAAACAAAUGGAUCUCGAAACACACGGAAGUACCUGCCACUCCAUUACAUACCGGGCGUGUACUUCGAGAAGACGGAGAGCUAUGGCCAGAAGUUCAAGAGGAAAUGACACGGUCUUUAGCUACGAUGCGCGUAGACUAUGAUACAGCUAAUUUGAAACAAUUGGACCACACAAAUAACGCUUUAUUAAUUAAACGCAGACGGGCAAAACAGUCAAAUGCCGUACCGCCAGCAGCUAAUCCGACGCCUGCUUCCUAGGGAGACGCAACAAGAACCAGUCAAGACUGGCGUAUUUUUUUACAUAAAUGCGUAAGGUAUAGCCUAAUUAUAAUAAGGAUUAUUUUCUGACGAUUACGUUGUACGAAAAAUGAGAGAUUACGAAAUUAGACAAUUUUAAAAGAAAUAUACCUACAUCAAGAUAACAUGCACGAGAAACGAAAACUCAAAGGUAAUGAUCCAAUAAUUAAUUGCAUGAAUUCGUAACGGUAUACAUUUGUUUAUACCCGUUAAGAAAAUCAUUGAUUGCUAAUAGCUCCGAGUGAGUGAACUUAAAUUUUGAAAGCACUGUCAUCAUGAUAUAUACAUAUAGAAAUUAAUAAUGGGUGCAUACUUGUAAAAUUUAGUUAACAACGCCUUUAAUCAUGGUGCAUUUUUUUACUUUCUAUAGUAAAAAUGAUACUUCAAAUGGUCUAAUACACUGUACAAAAUUUAGUACCAUAAUACGGCCGUGAGGUAUAAAUUUGUGUUGCAGUCUACGCCUACCGAUAAAACGGAGACAAUAAAACGUUUUGUCAUUUACUGGUGCAUAUAUAGUACAAUGAUAUACGAAAACAAACUGGAAUAUUCAAGAUAUUUCUUACGUGAAAUAACGUGUAACAGUGUUUCUUGGCCUAUACACGGCAGACAUUGUACUAAAUGUCUGUCGUUUAAAACAUGCCAUUUAGCAGUUACUAUAACAAAUUCCGUAUCAGUUGUUUACUUAAAAUAUAUUUUAUAAGGUUCAAAAAACAUUACACGCAAAGCGAUAUUUUAUAUAUUAUUUUUAAAUUAUUAUCCCGCUCUUAUUUAUCAUAAUUGACGUAUAAACAUGGAAUACUUCCGAUUGUAAGCUCACGAAUUUGCAGCUGUGUAAAGCUAAAAAUCACACAAGUCAUGGAUGUUUGAUUAAACGAUAAUACAAACAAAUGCACUUCGAAGUGAUAUUUUGACUGAGGCUGAAUAUAUAUAAGUAUCUUUAAAAUUGAUUUAAGGUGCUAAUAUAUUUUGCUCUAAUUGUUUUCUAAACAUUCAAGGAAUAUGAUCAAUUUUUUUUUUUUAAACUACAUUCUAAAAUAAAGAAAACUUCUAAUAAUUAAAAUGAAACCUAGAAACAAAUAUGGAAACUUCAUUGAGUAAAUGUGGUAAUUAUAUUUUACUAGAUAUAAUAGAGAAUAAAAUCGAAAUGAAUUUAGAUGAAAAAUUAAUACGAGGCCUUAAUCACUAUGAGGUCAAUUUCGAAUGUAGAACUAUGAUUAAGUAGUUUUAUUAGAUGCAGAUUGAAUUUCAGUCAAGGGGCGAUCAAAUCUCACAAGUGUGUCGGUGUUUUAUUUCCGGGAUGACUGAUAUGUUGUAAAAUGUAAAUAUUAUAUGUACGAAUUAUUUUUAAUAAGAUUAUUUGUAUCCGCACUAAUUAUUAAUUAUUAGUAAUAUUAUUAAUAGUCAUUCACAGUUUAUAAGUAUUCGAAAUGUUUCAUGAUUGAAAGAACCGAUCUUGUGAGUCAGGGCUGCUGAACUUACCCCCCUGUCGUUGUACUAUUGGUCUAGCAGUCCACUCAGAGCUGUGUAUUCCUGCUCAUCGUUGAACUGUCCCCCAUCAUUAGUCUGGCCAUUCUCCUCGAUAAUUACACUGGAAUUUUGUGUGUAUAGAUACAGGUGUCCAGUUUUUUAAGAGUGGGGAAAAAGCAGCUUGACGUAUGUAGUGAGGUCCGCUGACUUGAAGUCUCGCGAGACGACGCAGGAGCAAGAGGAGUCGCUAUAUAUGUAUCUUGCUCCCUUGCUAUCAGGCAGUCAGCCCACAUCUGUGUGUAACUGUCGCGACGAAUAGCGAGCCAGAGUUCAAUGUGUGCGUGGGAAUAGGUGUACCCCUUCUACUUUUCUCGCAUUCCUGCCACGGGACUUCAAGUCAGCGGAGAACAGUAGGGCCCUUCAGUAUUUCGUAUCGCGCGAAGUAGUGGGAGAACGAACGAGUGUUCCUAUUGUUUCGUUGUUCUCCCACCACCUCGCACGGCGCUAG